CUCGGGCCGUCCGGGAGAGCUUCCGAGAAGAUAGGUGCACAAGCACGCCUAAAAAAAAACUCCGCCGACGCCCACGCCGGUCCCCUGCUGCCCCUUUGGACCGGCUUCGCGGCGCGAAGCCCGCCGCAGCUCAAAGAGCGCCCCGGAGGACACUUUUCGACACGCCUGCCAGCCUGCGUUGGGCUGCGCCGCGCCCCGUUGCUUUUUAGAGCACCCACUCACCCCAAACAUGGGCGGCCUCAUCGGCGCCACGAUCGCCGAGGCGGACAAAAACUCGAGCAACGCGGUCGUCUAUAAGGUGGGCAUGGCCAGGAUGAUGGAGACCAUCCGCAAACUCGACGAACGCGACGCCGACUACGCCGUGUUGCGCGCCAUCGAGUCGACGAGACGCGGCAGCGCGGUGCAGUUCGUCGUCGAGAGCGACGGCGUCCCGCCGUUACGCGAGAUCGUGGAGGACCAGGAGCCCGAGGACAUCGGCCGCGUGCCCGUCGCCGUCGUGCGCCGCGCGAAAAAGACGUGGGCCGAGGCGAGGUUGGCCACGGACGACCGGGCGCUUUUCGUCCACAUGGUCGACGUGUUGUUGCGCAUCCCCGAGAACAAAAAUUUCGACUUCGCCGGCGCCGGCGCGACGGGUGCGCCCUCCGCGUCCCGAUCGUCGACCGUCUGCGACGUCUUCGCGUCCCACGCAGACGACUACUGGGCGGCGGGCAAGCUCGAGCUGCGCUACACGUACCAGUCGCACGGUGUCUCCCUCGCGCUCGAGAAGGCGAUCAUCCCGGGCUACGUGACCAAGUCCGUCGAUAUCAGCGACCUGGCGCCAUACGACGACAAGGAGGAGAUCGCACGGGCGCGGCGUCCGCGAAGAGGCGCGUCCCUGAGCGCCACCGACGCAGGUGCCCGUCAUGAUUUUCGUGCCCUACAACAUCGGCACGGGCCGCGACGCGAGGAUCAUGCUGGACUCGGGGCAAUCUGGCUUCGAAACCGGCUACGACCGCAUCGUCUACAUCGGCACGCAGUUCCCGAGCACGCUCGUCGCCUUCGUGCGCCGCGCGGCCGACGGGACCGAGCAGGUCCUGACCUCGCCGGCCCUGAAGCUCGCCUGCGCUUUGAAGGCCGGCAAAAACCUGCGGCGCGGCCGCGCCAUCGUGGACGUCGAGGCCUACGUGUCGUCGUCCGGUAGCUCACCACUCGGCACCAUCCCCAGCACGCUCGAUUUCGACCGCCUCCUGUUGUACGCGGGCGCCGGCGCUUCGUGGCUCACCUCCUUCGCGGGCGACGUCGCCGGCGCGAAAACGUUCCUCCUCGCGCAAGCGCGCGCGCUCGACUCGACCACGCGCACGCGCGAGAAAUUGAUCACGUGGACGCAGUCGGGUUACUCGCCAACUCACACGCUGGUCAUGGUGUCCGAGACGGGCCUGCCGCCGACGACGCUGAAGGCCUUGCACUACGCGGAGUUUCCGAGCGGCGACCAGAGCCGCCGCCACCACAACAUCGGGGACUGUGUCGUCGCGCGGAAACUGGUCGACGGUGGGGUGAACGUGGUCCUCGGCUCGGGCGAGGUGAAGAAGCCCCUGCUCUGCCGAUUCCCCGGCGUCGACCGGCCGACGCCGCUUUCUGUCGCGGCCUGCAUGGCCAAGCGGGCCUCGUUCAUGUUCAAUAUUCAGGGCGAAGGCGGCGGCCGCGUGCGACGCAGUGUCAUUGAUUUCGUGACACUUCGCUUCGCACAUCGACCGCCAACCGUCGCCUCGCACGCAGGCCGAGGUCCCGCUCGAGACCGCCGCCGUGCUGGUCGUCGUGAUCGACGCGCAUGCUCUGGACGACGGUAACAUAGCGGCCAACCUCCGCGAGGCCGCUGCGCCGCUCGACGUGCCGAACUACCUCUUCCUCGUCAUCCCGCAGGACGGGUCGUUCAAUUUCCACAUGAACGAGCCGAACUUCAAGAUCUUCAUCCCGCAGCACCUCUUGCUGAACGUGCUCGUGAAACGGGCCGGGGACGACGAGAAGCAGCUCUACAAGAAAUAUGGGCAGUGCGAGUGGGACGAGAAGGACCUGAAGAUCGCCGAGAAGGGCAUGUGCGUCGCCGAGGACCUCGCGAAGACGAUCGUGCCGUACGCGCGCGCGCACGCGGACAAGCUCGCCCAGGCCGUAUCGCGCGAGUGAGGCGACGGGGGGGCAAGUGGCGCAUCGAAGGUCACUUCCGAAGGAGCGGCGGGAGCGACGACGGCCCGCAGUGGGAGGAGUACGCGCCGCUCGAGGCCCCUGGAAAUCCAGGCCCCACCUGCUGCUGCACUAUAGCCUAAUUUAUACGCAAAG